CUUCCACAUCAUUGCAUUCUGUUUUUAUUCACAAUUUGUACAGUGUCCCAACUUUUAUGGAAUUCGGUUUGUAAUUGAUGGAACACAUGUGAGAAUAAUUGCACCAUCAGAGGACGAGGCUGUCUUUGUUAACAGGAAGAAUUUCCACAGCAUCAAUGUGCAAAUAGUGUUCAAUGCGGCCUGUAAGAUUUUGGACAUUGUGGCUAAAUGGCCAGGCUCCACACGUGAUGCGAGAAUGCUCUCCGAGAGUGGCAUCAGACAGCUUUUUGAGAGACGCUAUGUGCCAGCUAAUUGCCACUACCCAUGCAAACCAUGGCUCCUUAAACCUUACCUCCAACCACGCCAAGGGCCCCAACUAAACUAUAACAGGGCCCACAAGACAACAAGAGCGGUGGUGGACCGUGGCAUAGGCCAGCUUAAGAGGCACUUUCAUGUUCUCCACAGAGAGGUGCGGCUGAGGCCUGAAAAACUCAGCAAAGUCAUCAUAGCCUGUGCUAUAUUACACAAUAUUUGCAAGGUUAGACAGAUUGCAGAACCUCUGGAGGAUGGUGAUGAAGAAGAUAUUCCACAGGGGAACCUAUCCCAGAGUGGACUGCCUUACAGGGCAAACUUCACAAAAUUACAUUUCAGGCAAGCUGUAGCCCCAUGUCAUUUGAGAACUUGUGAUGGUAUUAAGAACUACCACACUUUUACUGCACAUCACCUGCAAUUGUUAAAUGCAAGACGGAGAACACAAUCUCUAAGUGGCUAAUUUUUUAGGUGUUCAAUUUUUAAGGCGGUAGUACUCUCCUUCUAAGGGAAAGAACUUUUUUUUGUUGUUGUUGUUGUUGUUCAAACACAUCAAUUGUGAGUUGCAAUCUUCUCUCCUGCAGGUAUGCUGACGGAGCAGGUCCUGCGGAUGGUGUUUGAUCCGCCGGGCUGUCUUGAGUAGCAGAUGUUUCAGGCGGCAAACUUGAUGGGCCCAGUUCUUGUGAUGGCUCCAUGCUACAGAAAUACAUAGGCCUAGUUUAAUUAUUCCUAAUAAUUACUUUAAUUACUAAAGCCUCAGUAAUCAUUAAUUACUGAGACUUGCAGAAAAUGUUUGACACAUGGCACUGACAAUUCAACCAAAUACAAAGUAUUUAUUCAAUUUCAGAGAGAGAGAGAGAGAUUAUGACUGGUGUUGUUUGUUGCCUUUUUGGACUCCUUUAUCAUUUGUGGUGUUGGCACCAAUUUAAAACACUUCGGCUCCACACUUCCCAGCCAUUUUAGGGGGCUUUCCUCUCAGGGCGAAUGAGAGGAUGCUUGUUUGUUUUUUACCUGACAUCUUUGAAAGACAGAUGCAAUGAUUAAUGCAUCCAUGUCCAGGAUUAUUAUAAAAUAGGAUUCUCUAACAGCAGUCAAGUUGUCAUUGGUUGUGUCAAACGAUUUGUAAAUUUGUUGUAACAUUAAAGGGCACCUGCAAAAUUCACUUUUACAUGGUGUUUGAACAUAAAUGUGUGUUGGCAGUGUGUGAGUAAAACCACCCUUUAUAAUGAUAAAAUC